GUGGAGUUACAAAACGGUUAUACAGACGAUGACAUGGCGCGGGUCAAAUACUUCAUAACUUCUUUGAUACUUUUAAACUAUGCAUUUACAUUUACCACACAGGUAGAACUUAUGUGUGAGGUUGCAAAUGUAAAGGUAGAAAGUGAAGAUGGCAGGACGCAGACAUUUGAGAUGAAAAGGCUUGAAUCUGUAAAGGGGGAGGCCUGCUCUCUAUGUGCCUUCCCCGCUGUCAACAAUGCCCCCGAGUUGUCGGCAUUGAAGUCUCAGUUGACACUUUAUAUAUCUGACAAGGAACUAUCCCCUGUUUGCGAUCCAGCAAGAGACGAUUUACCACUGGGUCUCUGUUCAUUCCAUUCAGAUUUGAGCACUUGCCAGAAAAAUGAGCUGGAUAAUUGUUACCAAAUGUCAGAGAAUUUUGGUGAAGAUUUGGUUCAAAGAAAACUACUGCCUUUUGCUACAGGAGAUGAAGAAAUUGACAAAAUUUUAGGAUUAGGACUUGUGUUACUGAACUCUGGAAAUAUAGAUGCAGCUAUAGAUACAUAUGAUAACCUGAUCAGUAACAGGCCAAACACGUUAGCUGCCUACUUUAUGAGAGGGGUGGCGUAUUCAAGGAAAGGUUUAAAGGACCAGAAUAAUGCUUACAGAGCUAUAGAUGAUUUCAGGGAAACAUUGGAAAGAGAUAGUAAAUUUAUACAGGCUUAUGAAAGAAGGGCAGAGGCGAACAUAGCAUUACAACAGUAUUCAAAGGCAAUUAAUGAUCUGACAAAAGUUUUAGAGCUUAAAACAAGCAGUAAAAUACAGUUUGCCAGAGGAGUUGUCUACCUUCUUUUACAGGAUUACACUGCUGCAGAGGAAGAUUUUAAGAAGAACAUAGAUAAUGAUGGGGAUGACUUACAGAGUUUGUUUUAUUUAGGACUUUCUCAGUAUUACAGGGGAAAAGUCAGGAAUGCCAUUGAAGUAUUCAAAGAAGUUUUAAGUAAAGAUCCAGAUCAUCUAGAUGCUUGUACAAGCCUUGCUCAAGCUUUCAGAGAGAUUGGAAACCUACGGAUGUCACGGAGUAAAUUUAAUCAGUCUCUCUCAAUUAACAAAGAUCAUGUUAUGAGCUUACAGUUACGAGGAAAUUUAUUGUAUCAUAGUGGAGAACCACAGGCAGCUAUUAAAGAUUUUAAGAAAUGUAUAGAAGAGGAUAGGGACAAUAUAAACUGUGCUUAUAUGAAGGCGUUAUCAGCUACUGCUGUCGGUAGAUUUUAUGAUGGCGUAAAAUCAGCAACAAAGGUUAUGGUACAGAAUAGACCAGUAUUAAAAGCCAGUCCUGAUUUUUUGAAAGCACAUUAUCUCAGGGAAUAUGCCCGUUAUUUACAUGCUAAUUUGGACCAAUCAUUAGAAUCACUGACAGUUGACACAGAUUUUUCUGAUGAUUUUAAGGACCAUUGGUUGAAAAAUUUACCAUUUGAAUUCCAGGGUAGUUACAAAGAACAACCAGGAAUACAGCCGCAUAUAAAAGAUGUAAGUCAACUGGAAAUUGGUGAUUAUCCUCGCCCAGUGCAGAACCUGAUAUGUAAGGCCCACAAGAUUGGCUGGCUCAUGCAGGUUAACACAGAUGGAUAUACACCAAAUAAAAGACUAAAUUUAGCGAUGGGUCUUUCUUCAAUUCAUAUAGCACAGUUAUAUGAGAAAAAAUGGAGAGACUUGAGACAGAAUAAAGCUAUUGGUUGGCAGCAUAGUUGGCGAGAUCUUUUUAACAUAGCUGUGCGAUAUCGUAGAUUGGUUGAUCCAGAACAGCCGGUUUUAUGGCUAGAUAAGAUGCCAGAUCAUAAAGACAAGGAUGGAUAUAAAACUGUGAUAACUCUUGUAAAAGGUUCCGUCCACAAUAUAAAAACAAUGCCUUAUUUCAACUUGGUUUUCAAACUUGUGAAGACAAUGUUGGAACAUUAUUCUGUGACAAGCGAGAUUGUGAAGUCUAAACAGGCUACAGCAAAGGAGGAGAUUGAGGGUGCGAAGACGUGCGAGGAUCUACUGGAAGUCACAAAGGUUAAUGUGAAGAAUGCUGGAUUAUUUUCUUGUACCUCUAAAGAUGGGUCACAGAAACACCAGACAGAUCAGAAUGGUUUUGUGGUAUCAACACAGGUCCCUAGCACACGUAAAAGAUCAGAAAAAGAUCGUCUUGAAGGAGCUAUGCUUGUCCUCACUGAUGAUUUAGCAAAACAGAUCUUGUUUACGAUUGACGUGGCCAAUACUCGUACACGGACAUUUGAAUAUCAUACUGAAUUAGACUACAUCUACAACCAGCUUCAAGAUGAAAUUAAAAGGACCAGCUCAAGUAAAGUCUCAGAGAUGGAUUCAGUAGUUAACAUUAUCCUGUCUCUGGCAUAUUAUUUCUACAAUCUGAUGCCUUUAUCUAGAGGAUCAAGUGUUGUAGCAUAUUCAGUCGCCCUUGGUCUGAUAAUGUCCAUACAUCGUCAGGUAACAGGAAAAUUGCCAACCAGUAAGUUACUAGAGAUGGAGGCCAUGUUAUCUGGAGCACCAGAUGCCUUUAUACUCGUAACUAAACAAUGGAUGAACAUUAAAAGAUUAGCAUCGCCUAUGUCUGGUCAUCCAACAGUUUGGGAGACGUUUCCAACAGUGCGCAGUGUCCUUGAAGUGCUCAACGUUAAUACUGAUUCUUGCUCCUAACUAAUACAGCCCACAUCUUUCAGAAAAUACCAACCAAAGUCUUAUUGUGUUUACCCUCAACGAAAUAUAGCUUUUAUAUAGUACAGUGUAACCUAGGUUGAAGACACCUGAAGAGAAGAUACCUACUUACAAUGGCUGUUAUUUCAUUCAUUCUAAAUAGACUAUAUUUUUUUUAAAUGGCUGUUCCAUUCACCAACUAGAUCCUUUGUAAAUUGCUCUUUCAUUCACCAAAAAUCCUUUAUAAAUGGCUGUUUCAUUCGCCAACUAGAUCCUUUUUAAAUUGCUGUUUCAUUCACCAAAAAUCCUUAGUAAAUGGCUGUUUCAUUCACCAACUAGAUCCUUUUUAAAUUGCUGUUUCAUUCACCAAAAAUCCUUUGUAAAUGGCUGUUUCAUUCACCAACUAGAUCCUUUGUAAAUGGCUGUUUCAUUCACCAAUUCCGCUAUAUGGUUUUCCCAUGGAUUCUCUUUAAAUUGUAAAAAAGUACCUUUGAUAUUAUACAUCCUUCUAAAUAAUUUCAGUACUUUGAAAUUUUUGUUCCAUUUAAAUUAGUUCUGUAUUUCUUCCAUAAAAAAGUACAUUUUUUCAAGUAUUUAAAAAAAAGAUUUUGUUUUGUCCAAAUUGUGAUAUGAGCCGUGCCAUGAGAAAACCAACAUAGUGGGUGUGCGACCAGCAUGGAUCCAGACCAGCCUGCGCAUCCGCGCAGUCUGGUCAGGAUCCAUGCUGUUCGCUAACAGUUUCUCCAAUUCCAAUAGGCUUUAAAAGCGAACAGCAUGGAGCCUGACCAGACUGCGCGGAUGCGCAGGCUGGUCUGGAUCCAUGCUGGUCGCAAACCCACUAUGUUGGUUUUCCCAUGGCACGGCUCAUAUAUUAAAAUUUUGUCACAGGAUUUGUUAUGAAACCUUCACAAAAGUUGCAGUUGAAAUUCGACAAGUUCAUACUACUAUCCACCCUAGAAGACUGUAUAAUGAAGAAUAACUUUUAUCUAAAAGUUGCAAAGUAAAGAAAAAAUCUGGAAAAAAAAAACGCUAUUAUGGAAUAGAUUGAGCACAUAGUGACAUCUAGAGGGACAGCCUCUCUACAAUGGUAUUUGCAUGCAAAUUGUUUUUUUUUUUUUUUAUGUCUUUUUUUAUGCACACUAACAUUUUAACAACACCAUUUUUGUUCUUGUCACUCUGACUGGAAUGUAAUGUGGAACUUUGUUCAACAUACACUGUUCAUUGUUUAACAUUAUGUUCUUAGCAUUCUUGCACCAGUUCUUCAGAAACGUACAUUCUCCUCAAGAUUAGCAUGCCAAAAAUGACCCCUUAGUCAGUUUUCAGCCUUCCUAACUGAUUGUUUUACAGAGGUUGCACUGUACUCCUUCCUCUGCUCAGCUAUUGUGAAAUCAUUUAAUUUCAUGGGCAGGCAAAAAGUUUCAAGGUUUUGGCCAAAAAAGGGACUAAUUUUGCGGGGACAUGAAUUCAAGGAUUUCUAAUUUUGGAAAUAAAUUGAAUGGGAAUUUUGCAUGUUCAUUGGGAUUUUAUUUCUUUGAUUGAUGCAGCUGUGAAAUCCAUGAAAAACAGUCCCCCCACCAUGAAUAUUAUUGAUUUAACAGUAUUGAUUACAUUGUUAGCUUUGAUAAAGUUUAAGGUAAAAACUGUGAUAAUUUAGUUUAUUUCUAAUCAUUUGAAAUUGAACUGUGCUUUUUAUUUUGCUAGUAAAGUGGAAUACAUAAGAAAAAUUAAUCACAACAGUAGUUGUAAUAUAUGGGCUGCACCAUGAGAAAACCAACAUAGUGGUUUUGCGACCAGCAUGGAUCCAGACCAGCCUGCGUGUCCACACAGUCUGGUCAGGAUCCAGGCUGUUGGCUUUCAAAGCCUAUUGGAUUUAGCGAACAGCAUGGAUCCUAACCAGAUUGUGCAGAUGCGCAGGCUAGUCUGGAUCCAUGCUGUUCGCAAACGCAUUAUGUUGGUUUUCUCAUGGCAUGACUCAUAUGUGUUUUGUCAACUUCAUUUAAAAUGCUUUAAAUUCUUGUUAUUAACUCAGGAAAAUUUAAUUUGGGACCACUUGAAUAAUCUUUUUGUAGGGCACAGUUUUGUAUUUUUGCUAUGGUACAGUAGUUGGAAUGAAAAGUGUUGGCGAAAGUUGUUUUUGUUAAAAUUUGUUUAUGUUUUUGUUUUCAACAUAUUUUGACUGUUAACUGAAGUUUAAUUCCUAAACUCUGAGCAUGGUAACUGAUAAAUGAAAAGAAAAAUGGCCUGUUUAUAAUCCGAAGUUUGUUAUUUGUGUAAUGCAAGUUUUGUAUGCAGACUUUAAAGUUUUUAAGUGGAUAUUGUAAGAAUCUUUCCCUGGUUGAAGGUGUGGAUGGAAAUAUCUGGCUCAAGGGUAACUGUUUAGGUGGUAAUAAGGCUUUCCUGAGUUACAGCAAAACAGGCUACCUGAGAGCCAGAUAUUUCCAUCCGCAGUGUUAACUAGUGAUAGAUUCUUUUUCUAGCAUGCGGAAUUCUUAAAUUAGUAGAAGAAAUAAAAUAAAACGAAUGCUUUUCUUUUUAUGCACUUUUAUUCUAGUAGCGUAUUUACACAUUCAUACAUAAAUUGCAGCACUUACACCCCAGAGUGUAAGAGUUUUUCUAGCACCAGCAAAAACAUGGGAAAAUCUUGUCUUGACUUCAAGAAGAAUUAGUCUCUUCCAGUCUAUGCAAAUAGUUCAGUAGUUUGUUGUGCUUUUGGUAUGUUAGUGUUAAAAGAUAUUUAAGGAUGAGCCAUAUGCAAUCUAUUAGAAGUCACAAAUAUUAAUAUAAACUACAAAGUACCAUAUGUGGUCUUUAAGCAUUUUUAUGCCCGGUAUUGUUUUGUUCAUUGUUGGUGGACCAGUUUGUUUCCGAUCAACAACUAGAGAAUGCUUGGUCUCACAAUGGUCAAACUUAUAGGUUGAUUGCUUGAGGUCAUUAAUGAUCCCCAUUGUUUUAGGGGUCAGAAGGUCUAAGGUCAAGGUAACAGCAGCCUUGAGAGUGGAAACGGUUUCCGCUCAAUAACUAAGAUCGUUUUGGCCUACAAUUGACACAAUUAAUAAGCAUAGGAUCAUUGCCUAUGGUCAGCAGAUGAACCCUAUUGCUUUGGGUGUCAGUAGGUUAAAGGUCAAGGUCACAAGAACUUAAGACUGAAAAUAGUUUCUGCUCAGUCACUUGAGAAGUGACCUUAAUACUGAAAAUAGUUUCUGCUCAUCAACGUAAGAACCAUUUGGCCUCCUGUCUUCAAGUUUCAUAGGAGAUUGCCUGUGGUCAUGGGGUUUAGUAAAUGAAGUCUAUUACUUUAUGGUCAGUGGUUCAAAGGUCACAGUCGGAGUGAUUCUGAAAAUGGUACUUGCUCAGUAAGUAAAGAACGCAUUGGCCUUCAGUUUUUAAACCUCAGGAUGAUUGUCUGGGGAGUAUAUAGCCCUUAUUGCUUUAGGGGUCAGUAGGUCAAAGGACAAGGUCACUGCGACUGCAAAAGUGAAUUUGGUUUCUGCUCAGUUACUUGAGAACUCUCGAGUAUCCUGCCUUCAAAUUUCAUGAUGAUCUCUUGCAGUCAGCAGAUGACCUUGUAUUUGGGUGAUUUUGGGGAUUGAAAAUUGGGAGUAUACAUCUUGUCCAAAGUACAUAUAUUUAGAAAAAAAAAUUAGUACAUUGUGUAGGAGAGUUGAGAUAAACGUUUCACAAUUUUUCAACUUAUUAGCAGACCUUAUUAUGAAAGAAGAGUGCAUGUAACAACUGCAUGCUGGUAUACACUUAAUUGUAAGGAAACCUCUAAACCACUGCAGGCUUAAAGCAAACGUUAUUAUUCAUAAAUUUUCUUGUUCUAUGUUCUAUUGUAAUACUUUGUAUAGAUAUUCGAUGAUUUGGUUGUUAUUUUCUGAUGCUGUUUAAUGAUACAUAAUUUUAAAUCAGGAAUAUGUUAAGAUUUCUUUCCCUGUUUUUCUAACGAUUAUGAUAAUGUUUUAUAAUAUUUUCUAUGCAAGAUUAAAGUGUGAUUUUUAUACUUUGUUAAUGAAUAAUAACAGUAGUGAAUUAAAAAUAAGAUCUAGAA